AGUGGUAACAGUGGGGUUCUAAUAUUGAACCCAGAACUAAACAGUUAUCCACUCCCCCAACCCAGGUUCUUCGAACAGUAGUGGUUUUUCACCUGGGAGUCUGCUCCAGAAAACUCUGGCCAGAAUGCUUUAUUCCUGUAGCCAUCUGGCUCUCAAAAGAAGGCCACCAAAAAACCAAACCCAUUGCCAUUGAGUCGAUUCCGACUCAUAGCAACCCUAUAGGAUGGAGUAGAACUGCCCCAUAGGGUUUCCAAGGAGCAGCUGGUGGAUUCAAACUGCUGACCUUUUGGUUAACAGCCGUAGCACUUAACUACUGUGCCACCAGGGCUCCCAAAAGAAGGCAGGGAGGUGAAAAAGCCACAGAUGUCUAAUUCCUCUUAGAAAAUCUUCAGUCAGGCAGCUCGUUUCACCUCAGUGGUGGGGUAUGAUGCCAGGACUUGUUGAGGAAAAUUCCUCCUAAUGGAAACCAGAGGAGUAAUGAACACACGUGCCCCCAACACACAGACUUUUAAGAAUCUUAAUUUUUUUUUUUUUUUUUAAUUUGUGAAACAAGUAAUAGCAAUCUCUUUUAGGGUUAGUGUGAUGUUCAUAUGCCAGCAAGUUUGGGAUAUGGAAACUCAGGGAGAUUAUCAAAUAACCACCCUUUCUAGUCUUUAAAAUUGGGUUAUAGCAAUGUGUGAGUAGAAGGGAACCCACUUUGCUAGGAGAUGAGUAAAAUCAGUAAUAAUUAGGAUGCGUAAGGAUUAGUGAAGUGGGAGAAAGCAGGCAAUGAACAGAAAAUGUUUUAGAGAAUCUGUAACUAUCUCAAGACUAGCACACCCUUGCAAAUUUAACCCAGGGCAGGCAUGCUUUCCUCAAACAGCCAUGCCCAACCAGCUGGUAUUAAUUCAAACUUUUAAGUCCCUUCUCUAAUUGAGUGGUUCUCACAUUGUGCUCUCUGGACCAGUAGCAUCAGUGAUACCUAGCAACUUGUUAGAAAUGCAGAUUUAAAGCCCUUCCCUAAUCCUGCUGAAUCUAAAAUUCUGAAGGGUAGGGCCCAACACUAUUUUAACAAGCCCUCCAGGUGAUUUUGAUAUCUGCUGAAAUUUGAGGACCGCAUAACAUCAAUUGUAACCAUCCUCAGAAGAAUUGGAUAGCUGAAGUUUAAUUGUAUUUGCCAGUAAUUUUUUCUAGUUCUUAAUCAUUGAACAGGAUUCCUGGUGGCUCAAUGGUUAAAAUGCUUGGCUGCUUACCAAAAGAUUGGUCGUUCAAACCCACCAGCUGCUCAGCGGGAGAAAAGGCCUGGAGAUCUACUCCCAUAAAGACUACAGCCUAGGAAACCCUGUGGGGUAGUUCUGCUCUGUCCAGUAGGGUCACUAUCGUUGGAAUCCACUCAGUGGCACACAAUAGCAAUCGUUAAACAUUUUAUUUAUUAAAUAUUUGGGGGGUUUGUUUUGGUAAGAGGGGAAGAGGUUAAAUAGGUAAAAUGGAACUUGGCUUUGAAUGUCAAACAGGCAUAAGCAAUAGGAUUGCAUUUUCAUUCUGUAGGUUUAAAUAUAGCGGCAUGAUGCCUGUAAGAAAAUUAAAUGUAACAGUGAAAUGCACAAGAGAUUGGAUAUAGGAAAUACUAGAAUGAGGUAGAAUUUAGGAGUAGUGAUUAUAGUUGGUGUAGGGGUACUUGAAGAUCAGGAAGAAAAAUUGUUAUAUGGCAGAGAAUUUUCAAAGAAAGAAUUAGUUGAACUUAGUAAUUUAACUGAAACUAGAGAGGAUGGAAUCAAAGAUGACUUAAGAGUUCAAGCCCAGGUGGUUAGGAUAAUGAUGAUGUCACAGACAGAUUAAAAUUGAGGAAGGCAGCUGAUUGAUAGGGAAUGAAUUGAAUACAGUGUUGUACAUGUUAACUUUGAGGUGAUUGAAGGAUAACUAAGGGUGCAGAACUAGGGGUUAAUAGACUGUGAGCUAGUUGAAGAGAAGAGAAUGGUGGACGACGAGUUCCUUAAAGGACUUAUAUAGAAAAGAGAACUCAGAUAGAUUAGAAUAAGAGAGGGAUUUGGAAGUACUGUGAAGAGAAAGUGAUGCAUCCAUUCAGUCAUUUACCUACCAAAGCACCUACCAUGUGCCUGGCACAGUUCUAGGUUCUCAGAAUACAGUGACUGACCAACCAGUGCCCUGCCCUUAGAACUAAUAUUGUAAGCAGAGGGAGACAACAGUAUAACACAUGAACUAAUGAAGAAGAUAAUUUAAGAUAAUAAUAAAGAUUGCAAAGAAAACAGUAACAGUAAAGAGUGACAAAGGGGUGGAGUAUUUCUUUAGAUAGUCAAGGGAAGACCUGAGACAGUGACAUGUGACAGAAGUCACGGUGGAAGAUAGUUCUAAGAAGCCAAAAGAUAGUAGAGGCUUAGUGAGGCCAAGGAGAAUUGCAAGAAGGCAAUAUUAGUGGGUUUGUUAUGCUUUUUUUGCCCUUUUCGGAGGCUAUCUGAUAAGAAAGAUUUAGAAGGAUAGAGUCAUCUAUCAGAAGGAGUGUGGGAUUGGAGAGAACCCAGCUCAGCCAUCUUAGCCGUUUAUUAGCUGUGCACAAAACCAAACUCACUGCCGUUGAUUCGAUUCCAACUCAUAGUGACCCUAUAGGACAGAGUAGAACUGCCCCAUAGGGUUUCUAAGGAGCAGCCAGUGGAUUCGAACUACCGACCUUUUUGGUUCACAGCUGUAGCACUUAACCAUUACACCACUAGCAUUAGGGUUAGGGUUAGCUGUGCACAAGAUUGUCGGAUUCUCCGAGUCUUACUCUUCACAGUAGACUAAGAAGUAAUAAUAACACCUUAUGGGAUUAAGUUGUGAUGAUUAAAUGAGAGAGUGAAUUUUAAGUAGCUAGCAUAGUGCUUGGAAGUAAGUGCUGAUAUUGGUAACUAUUAAUGGUUAACUGGUAACUAUUAGUAAUAGUUAAUGGUAUUAAUAGUAAUACUGAAUGGAAUAUAAAAUUCAGUCAUGUGAAACACAGUUCCAUUUAAUAAUCGAGAUCUAAUGUCUUUUUAUAUGCAAUUUCAUUUCCAAGUUGUACUUUGAUCUUUUGUCAUGCAAGAAAUUUCAGAGGCAUGAAACUCCUGUUGGAAAAUGUUAACAAAUAUUUUUGUAAUUAGAUGAUACACUUUGAUUAGCUACUUGAUGACAUUUAGAAAGUAUGUUUAUAUACAUAUAAUACUGUAUGAUGGAUUUUAUUAACUUUUAAAUAUUUUCUUCUUACAGAUGUAUGCAUCUCAUGAUUGAUAAGAAGAAACUAGUCAUGGGCCAAAGGUGAAGAUAACUUUUCUGGGAAAUGUUGCUGCUGAUGCUGCUUUGUAAAGUGAUACAAUGAGUGUUUGGUUUAAGGAAGAUUUUCAUAUUUAAAAGAUUUUCAUCUUGGAACUAUAUCAAGUGAAAAUUAGAUUCUUUUGGGAAACAUUUUCCUCCUAAUAAGUUAUACUUGUAAUGGGCGAUAUGGCAAACAACUCAGUUUCAUAUGGUGGUGUGAAAAACUCUUUGAAGGAAGCUAAUCAUGAUGGAGACUUUGGAAUUACACUCGCAGAGCUGCGGGCUCUCAUGGAGCUCAGGUCCACAGAUGCAUUACGGAAAAUCCAGGAAAGCUAUGGAGACGUCUAUGGAAUUUGCACCAAGUUGAAAACAUCUCCCAAUGAAGGUUUAAGUGGAAAUCCUGCAGAUAUAGAAAGAAGAGAAGCAGUGUUUGGAAAGAAUUUUAUACCUCCUAAAAAGCCAAAAACUUUUCUUCAAUUAGUAUGGGAAGCAUUACAAGAUGUUACUUUAAUUAUAUUAGAAAUUGCAGCCAUAGUAUCACUGGGCCUUUCUUUUUAUCAACCUCCAGAAGGGGAUAAUGCACUUUGCGGAGAAGUUUCUGUUGGGGAGGAAGAAGGUGAAGGUGAAGCUGGUUGGAUUGAAGGAGCUGCGAUCCUCUUGUCAGUAGUGUGUGUGGUAUUAGUAACAGCUUUCAAUGACUGGAGUAAGGAAAAACAGUUUAGAGGUUUACAGAGUCGAAUUGAACAAGAACAGAAGUUCACUGUCAUCAGGGGUGGUCAGGUCAUUCAGAUACCUGUAGCUGACAUUACUGUUGGGGAUAUUGCUCAAGUGAAAUAUGGUGAUCUUCUUCCAGCUGACGGCAUACUUAUUCAAGGCAAUGAUCUUAAAAUUGAUGAAAGUUCACUGACUGGUGAAUCUGAUCACGUUAAGAAGUCUUUAGAUAAAGAUCCUUUACUUUUAUCAGGUACUCACGUGAUGGAAGGCUCUGGAAGAAUGGUAGUUACAGCUGUGGGUGUAAAUUCUCAAACUGGAAUUAUCUUUACCUUACUUGGAGCUGGAGGUGAAGAGGAAGAGAAGAAAGAUGAGAAGAAAAAGGAAAAGAAAAAUAAGAAACAAGAUGGAGCUAUUGAGAAUCGCAACAAAGCAAAAGCCCAGGAUGGUGCAGCCAUGGAAAUGCAGCCUUUGAAGAGUGAAGACGGUGGAGAUAGUGAUGAAAAAGACAAAAAGAAAGCAAAUUUGCCAAAAAAGGAAAAAUCUGUUUUACAAGGGAAACUUACAAAGCUGGCUGUUCAGAUUGGCAAAGCAGGUCUGUUGAUGUCUGCCAUCACGGUUAUCAUCCUAGUAUUAUAUUUUGUAAUUGAUACAUUCUGGGUUCAGAAGAGACCGUGGCUUGCUGAGUGUACACCAAUUUACAUACAGUAUUUUGUGAAGUUCUUCAUUAUUGGAGUUACAGUUUUAGUGGUAGCAGUGCCAGAAGGUCUUCCACUUGCAGUCACUAUCUCACUGGCUUAUUCAGUCAAGAAAAUGAUGAAAGAUAAUAACUUGGUAAGGCAUCUGGAUGCUUGUGAAACCAUGGGAAAUGCUACAGCCAUUUGUUCAGAUAAAACAGGAACAUUGACAAUGAACAGAAUGACAGUUGUCCAGGCUUACAUAAAUGAAAAACAUUAUAAAAAGAUUCCUGAACCCGAAGCUAUUCCACCAAAUAUUUUGUCCUAUCUGGUAACAGGAAUUUCUGUGAACUGUGCUUAUACAUCAAAAAUAUUGCCACCAGAGAAAGAGGGUGGAUUACCUCGUCAUGUUGGUAAUAAAACUGAAUGUGCCUUGUUGGGACUUCUUUUGGAUUUAAAACGGGAUUAUCAGGAUGUUAGAAAUGAAAUACCAGAAGAAGCACUGUACAAAGUCUACACCUUCAAUUCUGUUAGGAAGUCCAUGAGUACUGUCCUGAAAAAUUCAGAUGGAAGUUUUCGAAUAUUCAGCAAGGGUGCCUCUGAGAUAAUUCUGAAAAAGUGUUUCAAAAUCUUGAGUACUAAUGGUGAGGCAAAAGUAUUCAGACCAAGGGACCGUGAUGAUAUUAUAAAAACUGUGAUUGAACCGAUGGCAUCGGAAGGCUUGAGAACCAUGUGUCUUGCAUUCAGAGAUUUCCCAGCAGGAGAACCAGAACCAGAGUGGGAUAAUGAAAAUGAUAUUGUCACCGGCCUCACAUGCGUUGCUAUUGUGGGGAUUGAAGAUCCUGUGAGACCUGAGGUACCGGAUGCAAUAAAGAAAUGCCAGAGGGCUGGAAUUACUGUGCGGAUGGUCACUGGUGAUAAUAUUAAUACUGCUCGGGCUAUUGCUACCAAAUGUGGUAUUUUACACCCUGGGGAAGAUUUCCUAUGCCUAGAAGGUAAAGAUUUCAACAGAAGAAUACGAAAUGAAAAAGGAGAGAUUGAGCAGGAGCGGAUAGACAAGAUUUGGCCGAAGCUUCGAGUACUUGCAAGAUCAUCUCCUACUGACAAACAUACACUGGUUAAAGGUAUAAUUGACAGCACUGUCUCAGAACAACGCCAGGUGGUAGCUGUAACUGGUGAUGGUACGAAUGAUGGCCCGGCACUAAAGAAAGCAGAUGUUGGAUUUGCAAUGGGUAUUGCUGGAACUGACGUAGCUAAAGAAGCAUCUGAUAUUAUUCUCACAGAUGACAACUUUACAAGCAUUGUUAAAGCAGUUAUGUGGGGACGAAAUGUCUAUGACAGCAUCUCAAAAUUCCUUCAGUUCCAGCUUACUGUUAAUGUAGUAGCAGUGAUUGUUGCUUUCACGGGUGCCUGUAUCACUCAAGAUUCACCGCUUAAGGCUGUGCAGAUGCUAUGGGUAAACCUCAUAAUGGAUACGCUCGCUUCCCUGGCUCUGGCAACUGAACCACCCACUGAGUCUCUUUUGCUUCGGAAACCUUACGGUAGAAAUAAGCCUCUCAUCUCACGCACAAUGAUGAAGAAUAUUUUGGGUCAUGCAUUCUAUCAACUUGUGGUAGUCUUUACACUCUUAUUUGCUGGAGAAAAGUUUUUUGAUAUUGAUAGUGGAAGAAAUGCUCCUUUGCAUGCUCCUCCUUCGGAACAUUAUACUAUUGUUUUUAAUACCUUUGUGCUGAUGCAACUUUUCAACGAAAUAAAUGCCCGGAAAAUUCAUGGUGAAAGAAAUGUGUUUGAAGGAAUCUUUAAUAAUGCCAUCUUCUGCACAAUUGUUUUAGGCACUUUUGUGGUACAGAUAAUAAUUGUGCAGUUUGGUGGAAAACCUUUCAGUUGUUCAGAACUUUCAAUAGAACAGUGGCUAUGGUCAAUAUUCCUAGGAAUGGGAACGUUACUCUGGGGCCAGCUUAUUUCAACAAUUCCAACUAGCCGUUUAAAAUUCCUAAAAGAAGCUGGUCAUGGAACACAAAAGGAAGAGAUACCUGAGGAAGAAUUAGCAGAGGAUGUUGAAGAGAUUGAUCAUGCUGAAAGGGAGUUGCGACGUGGCCAGAUCUUGUGGUUUAGAGGUCUAAACAGAAUCCAAACGCAGAUGGAUGUAGUGAAUGCUUUCCAGAGUGGAAGUUCCAUUCAGGGGGCUCUAAGGCGGCAACCCUCCAUCGCCAGCCAGCAUCAUGAUAUUCGAGUGGUGAAUGCAUUUCGUAGUUCUUUAUAUGAAGGGUUAGAAAAACCGGAAUCAAGAAGUUCGAUUCACAACUUUAUGUCACAUCCUGAGUUUAGGAUAGAAGAUUCAGAACCUCAUAUCCCCCUUAUUGAUGACACUGAUGCUGAAGAUGAUGCUCCUACAAAACGUAACCCCAGUCCUCCACCCUCUCCCAACAAAAAUAACAAUGCUGUUGACAGCGGAAUUCACCUUACAAUAGAAAUGAACAAGUCUGCUACCUCUUCAUCCCCAGGAAGCCCACUACAUAGUUUGGAAACAUCACUCUGAUUGUAAGCUGAAUGUUAACACACUAGCUGCAUUGUAAAGAAACAAAUUGAAACUGGGUCUUUUCACAUAUUGUGACGGACAAGAUAGUAUUCUUGUCUUUGGACUUCAACAGAAGACAUUCUUGUACGAAUGUAGAUUUAUUUUUUUAAAAAAAAGCAAAGCUUUCUGCCAGACUGAGGGGUGCUUUUUGGGGGGUGGGAGAAAUGAACUGACAGAUAAGCAGUAACUCAGCAUAAGUGACCUGUGGAUCAUCAGUACCUGAGAAUGGUCCUGAACAGUACAUCAGCAGAGCUUUAGUUUAUCUCAGUCUUUGGUGGGAGUGAGGGAAGAGUAGAGCUGGGCAAGCAAAAGAGCCCUGGAUCAUUGAAUUGAUACUUUAAUUUCUGCUGUUGGCUGUUAAUAAUUUGGAUUAUUUAUGUUUAUAAAUGAUACAGAUCUGUUUACAAGGUUUGUAGAUACUUUUUUUGUUCCUGUUCAUAGAUGGGACGCUUCCUUAUAACUGAUAGAGAAAAAUAGUCCUUCAAAUACUGCUGUAUUUUCAGAAGAAAAAGGGGGGGCGGGCAUUUCUAUUGAAACUGUACUAAAUUUUUGCCUACAAUUUACCUUGUUAAAUACUGUAGAUAAAUUGCUAAUACUAAUAGCCAAAUAGAUAACACUAAUGCUUUGUUUAAAAAAAAAGAAAACAAAAAAACAUGAGCAGUGGUGUUCUGAUGAAGUUAUGGCAUCUGUCCUAAUUAGUUUCUUAAAUACAUUUACUACUUAAUGGUUUUGAAACAACUGUUUAAUUUUUAAAAAUUUUGAAAAACUUACUAAUAACCUUUUGUUCAGAAUUUAGUAGAUUGUUUAAUGCGGGACAUCAACUACAUAGUGAAAGAUGCUUGAAAUGCUUUUGUUAUUUCAGGCAAAUCAAAUUAAACUAUCAAACUACAAGAGAACCUUAGUCCUUUUUGUUUUUGUCUAAAUAUGUUAGUUCAGUGAUGUCUUGGUGAACUGUGAGUGAACUGUGUUGAUUUUUUCCAGUCAAUCCUUAGAAACCUUCAUACAGCAUGAGGGCUGUUGGCAUUUUGAAAAAGGUUAAUAAGUAGAAGCACAUAUUUUUUCCUUUUGUUUUUGAAACUUGUUUGUAAACAUAAAUAAAUAUGCCCUUUUAUUAAAUAAAAACACGGCAAUGUUUUUUUAAAAGAGAUUUCAGCUUCUUUACUCAGUUCUGCAUAUAUGGUGCAUCAGUCUUUUCUUUUCAGCCACAAUUGGAAUAACUUUCAAGAUGGUAACAGCCCUAUGAAGUACCACUUUAAUUACUUGGUGGUAAUCUAAUAGAAUCAGAUUAAGGAAAUUACUGCAGUUUCACCAUUUGAGAUGCUCUUCAUAGAUUUAGUUUUGUCUAAAAUAGUCUCACAGUUUUUUUAAAAAAAUGGUGACCACCAUUGUUUUGAUACAUUUAUUUUAAUUAAGUGGCCAAAUAACAGAUUAGGUAAAAUGAGAUUAUAUGAAAAGGUAAAAAAAAGUCCUAAAAAGACAUUUAGAUUUAAAAAUUAACCAUAUACUAGAAUGCCCAUCUCUAAACCAGUUGUAUUCAUUAGCUCUCUGUUUCUUUCCUUUAUCUAUCUACCUUCUUUUUGCCUCCAUCUUUCCCCUUUAGGAACUGACAUCGGUAAGGGCCCAGAUUUCACCAGAUAUAUUAUCCUCAGGCUGACAUAAAGUUUACGAGGACUACUACAACAUCUGAAAGUGCUGACCCAGUAAAGAAGCAUUUAGUUGAUGGUGCUUGAUAUUUUUGAUGGGUGGGGAAAAAUCUUUUUCUCUCUAACAGUCCUUUGCAGUAAUCCUCUGCAAGUCUUAGAAACACAUUGGCUCUGUCAGCAUUUGUAACUGUACAUUUAUUCAUCAGGUAAUUAUAGCACAUCAUACUGUAAAAAGAGGUAGCAUGAUAUGCUGAAAAGCAUACUAGACUAGGAGUCAAGACCUGCUUUUUUGUCCUGGUUUUGCCAUUAACUUGCUGCAUGACCUUGGGAAAAUCAUUUAACCUAAAUGAGGGUGGUGGACUAGACUAUCGUGAAUCCUUUCAACUCUGAACAUUGACCCUCUAUCAACUGGAGAGCCUACAAGGCAUAGGGAAUGGAGAAAAGGGAAAUGUGUUAGUUUUACUUUUUAUUUUGGUUAUGCUUAAAUAUGAAUGUAAUUACCAAAAGAUUUAGAAGUGCAUGUGCUUUGAGGGAUUUGUAUUGAGCUUUUACAGUAUUCAUUUUUCAACUCAAGGCAAUGGCUUUUUACACCAACUCUAAUCCAUAAACGGGUCUUACAACAUCCAUGAAGUAGUAGCAAGACAUGCUUAGUGUGUGUUUCUCUCUUUGAGACACUGUAAUUUCUACCAGAAAUUUCCAGAGCAUUAUGUAAGUAGAAAAAAAUGCAAGCAAGCUGUUAAAGAUCUUGGAUCCCUUUAUAUAGUAUGUAUAGCUGAAAUCAGCAUCUGUAACUCAAUCACUUUUCCUCUUUUAUCCUCUAACCAAAAAUUUGUUUAAUUUUGCAUCCCAAAUGUUUUUAAUCUUUGUAUAUUUUUUAAAAAUCCUUUUCUCCUCAUCGUUGCCUUUUUGUGGUUGUAAAUAGACUUACUUGCACUUUGAAGAUGAGUUACUCCUUGUCAUCUUACAAAUAUGUGAUAUGGUAAUUUUCAUAACAGAUGUCAGUUUUGAACUAAGAAUUGGUGAUUUGUUUAUAAAAAAAACUGGCCUCAUUUCUGUGAAAUUGCUCUUUGAAAAUUUCUUUUUACACGUGUAAGCCAACUGAGAUACCAUGAUGGUGUUGAUUUCUUUAAAUGAUGCUUACCAUCUAUUUUAGCCACUGAGCCUUUUAUUAUUUGUCUAUUUGUAAAGUUUAUUUGUCUUAACUCAUUUAAUAAAUAUACUGUUUAUCUGUUUCUGAA